AUGGCGGGCGGAUCUCAAAGUGUCGUGAUCGGCAUCGAUCUCGGAACGACAACGUGCAGUGUCGGUGUCUGGCGCCACGGCCAAGUCGAGAUGGUUCGCAACGACAACGGCAACUUGUCGACGCCGUCGUGCGUCGCCUUUACCGACGCUGGUCGUCUCGUUGGCGACUUUGCCAAGAGCCAAGCGCCCCGAAACGCACCCAAUACGGUCUUCAACAUUAUGCGCAUCAUUGGCCGUCGCUACGACGAGGUGCGCAAGAAGACCCAGGUUGUGUGCGGUCCCAAGAACAACCCGAUGAUCCGCGUCGUCGAGAAGGGCGAAACCAAGGAGCUCCAUCCCGAAGAGAUCUUGGCCGAGCUUGUCGUCAAGCUGAAGGACGACGUUGUGACGUACACGAACGCGCGCAUCGAGCAUGCGGUUGUCACGGUACCCACCGGCUUCAAUUUGCUCCAGCGCCAGGCGGUCCGAGAUGCAUGUGCCAUCGCUGGCCUCGCGAAGUACCGCAUCAGCGACGCGCCAACCACCGCUGCCGUCGCGCACACGUCCAUCAAGGGUGCACCCCGUUGCGAGGUGCAUGACAUGGUCGUCGACAUGGGUGGGGGCCAUCUUAGCGUCUCGCUGCUGGCGAUUGAAGAUGGAAUCUUCGAAGUCAAGGCUGUGGCAGGGGACGCCUGCCUCGGUGGUGAGGAUUUUGAUGACGUUUUGUUCGACCACUUUGCGGCCGAGUUUGCGCGCCAAUACCGGAAAGACAUGACAACGUGCGAUCGCGCAGUGCGUCGCCUUCGCACGGCGUGCGAAAAGGCCAAACGCGACCUCUCCAUUUCCAACACGGCGACGCUCGAGCUUGAGGUGCUCUUUGGCAGCAUCGACUUCCGUUCGAGCAUCACCCGCGCGCGAUUCGAAGACUUGUGCUCUGGGCUCUUUCGCAAAGUGACGCAGCCCAUCGAGAAGGUCCUUCGCGACGCCAAGAUCGACAAAAGUCAAGUGCGCGAUGUUGUGCUCGCUGGUGGCUCGAUGCGCAUGCCCAAAAUGCAACAAUUGCUCUCAUCAUUUUUUGGCGAACGCUACGCAGACAAGAAGCUCUGCCACUCGAUCCUCAACAACAACGAAGCUGCCGCUCAUGGCGCCACGGUCAUGGCAGCGUUGAACGACGAAACGUCGCCUGACGACAUGCACCUUCUCGUCCUCCACGUCGUGCCCUACUCUGUCGGGAUUGAAACCGGCGGUGGUGUCAUGACAACACUGAUCUCGCGCAACACGACCAUACCAUCCAAGAAGUCCGAGAAGUUUAAAAUUUCCCAGCCACAGAGUCCGCCGUACCACCCGACGCCAUUCAGCUAUCGUGACGAAUGCACCUGCGACGACUCGGACGACUCGAACGACGAAUGCACUUGCAAUGACUCGGACGACUUGGAUGACAACUGCUGCUGCACUCACUAUUGCGAAGAGCACUGCAAGGAGUAUUGCGGCAGUGAAUGCGACCACGGCGGCCACAACGACAUUGACUACUCUUCCUACCCGCGCUACGAGCCGAAAAGGCCGUUCAUUGACGCCAGAGACAACGCGAUCAAGAUCUUUACGGGUGAGCGAUCCAUGGUACGCGACAACACGCCUCUCCACACGAUUGCAAUCCACGGCUUUUACGAUCCGACAGCGAGAAGCGACGUCGCGUUCGACAUCGAUGGGGACGGUCUAUUGACCGCCAUCGUCACGUACACACCACAUAUCGGAACAAACGAAACGAUCGUCGUCAAGUUGGACAAGGGAUACCUCUCGCAGCACGACGUCAAGCGGUUGACGACAAACUUUGAGGCUGCUGCAGACGACCGAACCCGUCGCCGAGUAGCCCACGAGGAGCUUCAGACGUACUUGAUCGGAGGCAAAUACCCGUACUGGCGGGCUGCGGACGCUGCUGAGGUGCUCGAGUGGCUCGAUACCAUUUCUCUCGGCCGUCACAUCAAGGCCAGUGUAUGCGAGAUCCAAGCCAAGUAUCGGAUCUUCCUCGGUCCUGCAAUCGAAGACGUCGACUAA